AUGGCGAACCUUUGGUUUCAUUUUUCCUUCUCCAUGUUCUCAUUGCUUUGCUAUCUCAUGGUCUGUCCAACUUUAUGUCACACCAAUUUCGCCAAAAACGAUGAAUUGGCACUUCUUGCUCUCAAAAUUUCUGUGAGAGACCCAUUCAACCACUUGUCUAAUUGGUCAAACUCUUCCUCCAUUUGCAAUUGGGUUGGGGUUACUUGUGAUUCUAAAGGUGAGAGAGUAAGUGUAUUGAAUCUUGCUCACAUGAGUCUCAUGGGCACCUUGCCGCCACAAGUGGGGAAUUUGUCCUCCCUUGUUGAACUUGACCUUCAUAAUAACAACCUUCAUGGUGAGUUACCGAAGGAGCUGCUGCAGUUACACAAGUUGAAAAUUCUCAACCUUAGCUAUAAUGAAUUUGAUGGGAAAAUUCCAGCUUGGAUUGGAAGUUUAUUCGCUCUUCAACACCUGAUCUUUCAAAAUAAUAGUUUUCAGGUUGUUAUUCCUCCAAAUGUAUUGAAUUUGUCGAAGUUAGAGACAUUGGAUUGGAAUAACAAUUUCAUCCAUGGAUCUAUUCCACUUGAGAUUGGAAGGCUUCAACAUUUAAAUAUUUUAUGUAUAGCAGGGAACAAUCUUUCAGGAAAUAUACCUCCAACUAUUUCUGGCUUAUCCUCACUUGAGCUGAUGUCUUUGUCAUUCAACUCUUUAAAAGGAGAUAUUCCCAAAACAAUUGGUGCUCUCACAAACAUGAAAGUUAUAUACCUAGAGAUUAACAAGUUGUCUGGGCAAAUGCCAAGAAGUAUUGGAAACUUGACUAUGCUUCAGGAAUUAUAUCUCAAUGACAAUAACUUAGAAGGAGAUAUUCCAAAUGAAAUUGCCAAUCUUACUAAUCGUAAAAUUAUGCACUUGGCUCAAAAUCAACUCAUUGGCUACAUACCUAGAAGCAUUGGAAGUUUGGUUUUGCUUCAGGAAUUAGGUCUUGGUUCCAAUAAUUUACAAGGUGUAUCCUUGCCAAUUGAAGUGGAAGUAACCCUAGCAAGUGAAAAUGGAGAUAUAGGAAAUAUUCCAAGAAGUGUUGAAAACAUGACAAUGCUAGAAACGUUGGAUCUUUCUCAAAAUAACUUGGAAGUGCGUUCUUCUUUCAUGCACUGCAUGAUAGAUGAUGAUUUUGAUCCAACAUUCCUCUCAAUGACUCAUCUUGGAGCCCCACCCAACUGUGUGAGAAACUUCAGAUAUAUCUUCAUUUUUCAAUUCGGUGUGACGCAUCUGUGCGCACACAAGGACACCGGACAACAGUACACGUGCAAGAAGAUCGCGAAGAGGAAGCUCACGAACAAAGAAGACAUCAAGGACAUGAGGAGGGAGGUUCAGAACUUCAGAUAA